AUGUCUACCUCCGAGCUCGCCACCUCUUACGCCGCUCUCAUCCUCGCUGAUGACGGUGUCGACAUCACUGCCGACAAGCUCCAAUCUAUCAUCAAGGCCGCAAAGAUCGAGGAGGUCGAGCCCAUCUGGACAACUCUGUUCGCCAAGGCUCUUGAGGGCAAGGAUGUCAAGGACCUGCUCCUGAACGUCGGUUCAGGCGGCGGUGCUGCCCCCGCUGCUGGAGGCGCUGCCCCUGCCGCUGGCGACGCUGCCGGUGCCGAGCCAGCUGCCGAGGAGAAGAAGGAGGAGGAGAAGGAGGAGUCAGACGACGACAUGGGCUUCGGUCUCUUCGACUAA